AUAGUACGUCUCAUUUCCGAAAUUUUUGGUUUAUUUCAUUAUUUAGUUCCCCCUUUCUCUUCUUCUUCCUUGUCACCUUCUGCAAAGAAAAAAAAAAUCCAAAUAUAAUUUGGUUUGAAUUUGUGGAAUUUCAUUUUUAUUCAAAAUGAUUAGGCCACAAAUUGUAUUGUUUGGGGACUCCAUUACUCAAGUGGCCUUCGAUGUAGGUGGUUGGGGUGGUCUUCUUUAUAAUAAUUAUUCUCGCAGGGCUGAUUUCUUAGUUCGUGGAUAUGCUGGAUACAACACCACAUGGGGUUUGAUCAUGCUCCAACAUCUAUUUCAAUUGGAUGCUCCAAGUCCAAAACCUGUUGCUGGCAUGACUAUAUUUUUUGGAGCAAAUGAUGCUGCUCUUGUGGGAAGAAUUAGUGAAGCAAAACAUACCCCAAUUGAUGAAUAUAAGGAAAACCUAAAUAAAAUGGUUAAACAUAUGAAGCAAUAUUCCCCGUCAGUGCAAAUAGUGAUGAUAACACCACCACCAGUUGAUGACGCAAGACGGGUUGAAGUUUUAAGGGCCGAGGGAAAAAAGAUCGAUUUGCCAGAAAGGACACUCGAAGAAUCUGGAAAGUAUGCGAAAAAGGUAGUUGAAUUGUCCAAAGAGCUUUAUCUCCCUUACAUCGAUCUGUGGUCUAAAAUGCAGCAAGUCCAAGGUUGGCAAAAGAAAUUCCUCCUUGAUGGCUUACAUUUCACACAAGAAGGCUGUCUUUUUCUUUACAAAGAAUUGGCUUUAGCAUUCAACCAAACAAGUAUCUCUAUAGACAAUCUGCCUACUGAUGGUGUUUCAAAAUUACCUGGUUUCCAAUGAUCGAUCACCCUCAAGGCUUUUCAGCAACAAUCUCCUACUGUCUAUCAAAAUUUAUUCCAAGACAAAUUAUUGUUGAAUUCACAGUCCAUGUAUACAUAUUACUUGUUUCAUCAAUAUAAUAAAAGAAAGCCUUCCAGAA